UAACGCGAAAUAGUCCAUCUAUAAUUAAAUAAUUUGGCUGCACCCCUGUAAAAAGUGUAUAUUAGCCUGUUAUCUGAGGAGGCUAGUGGCAAUCACUUCAAGAUAGAGUCCGAAUCCGGUUCGGCCUUGAUGUCUUAUAGCGGUAAGGACCCCAAGGUCAAGCGCCUGAAAAAGCAGGCCGCGAAGCGCAAGAUUCGGGAGGAAGAAUUCUGCCGGGUUUGCCAGGAUGGAGGCGAACUUUUGUGCUGCGACUUCUGUCCCUCUGUAUACCACAAGACCUGUCUGAAUCCUCCGCUGAGGGCAAUUCCGAAAGGGAAGUGGAUCUGUCCGCGCUGCAGCCCUCUGCCCGGAAAAGCCGAGAAGAUAUUGAUCUGGCGUUGGUCCCCCGAAGGAUCCUCCAUUUCCAAGGGUUCCAAAAGAUCCAAGGUGCGUGAGUUUUUCGUCAAGUGGCACGACAUGUCGCACUGGCACUGCAAGUGGAUUCCCGAAUGGAAGCUGGUUCUGCACCACUCUCUGAUGGUCGCCCACUUCCAGAGAAACUACGACAUGGAGCAGCCGCCCCAGUUGGACCACCAGGGCGUAAAGCCCGAGUGGCUCAUAGCUCAGCGUGUAAUCCAGCAUAGAAAGGAACCUGAUGGCAGAACUGUUUACCUGGUAAAGUGGCGGGAGUUGACCUACAGCGAGUGCACCUGGGAGAAGGAAAACGAGGGCAUUCCGAGCUUAGAGCAGGCCAUCGAUUUCUACCAGAAUUUGCGAUCCAGCCAGAAGGAUCGGUCCAAGGGCAAGCCCAGCACUGAUGUAAAGAAGAAAUACGAGGAUCAGCCGGAAUUCCUGCAGGGAACUGGCACGAAGUUGCAUCCUUUCCAGCUGGAGGGUGUCAACUGGCUCCGCUACAGUUGGGGCCAGGGCAUCCCCACCAUCCUGGCCGAUGAAAUGGGCCUGGGCAAGACGAUUCAGACGGUGACAUUCCUGUACUCCCUGUUCAAGGAGGGCCACUGCCGCGGACCCUUCCUCAUCUCCGUGCCGCUUUCCACUCUAGUCAACUGGGAGCGCGAACUGGAGCUAUGGGCUCCGGACUUCUACUGCAUUACCUAUGUGGGCUCAAAGGCCUCUAGGGCUGUUAUUCGGAGAAACGAACUGUGCUUCGAGGAGGUAAAUACCCAGAAGAUGCCGGCCAAGCACACCCAGUUUAAGUUUAACGUUCUGCUGACCAGCUACGAGUUGAUCUCCAUAGACGCCACCUUUCUGGGCAGCAUCAAUUGGGCGGCGCUGGUGGUCGACGAGGCCCAUCGGUUAAGGAGCGACCGAAGCAAGUUUUUCCGUAUCCUGAGCAGCUACAGCACGUCCUACAAGCUGCUGCUGACCGGCACCCCGCUGCAGAACAAUCUCGAGGAGCUGUUCCACCUGAUGAACUUUCUGAGCCGGGACAAAUUCAACGACUUGCAGUCAUUCCAGGCCGAGUUCGCUGACGUUUCGAAGGAGGAGCAGGUGAAGCGCCUGCACGAGAUCCUUGGACCGCACAUGCUUCGCCGUCUAAAGACGGAUGUGUUGAAAAGCAUGCCCUCCAAGUCUGAGUUCAUUGUGCGCGUGGAGCUGUCGGCAAUGCAGAAGAAGUUCUACCAGUUUAUCCUGACAAGGAAUCUCAAGGCCCUGAAUGCGAAGAGCGGCGGCCGCAUCUGUUCGCUGCUUAACAUCAUGAUGGACCUGCGAAAGUGCUGUAACCAUCCCUAUCUGUUCCCCUCGGCCGUCGAGGAGGCCGUCAUUUCGACCAGUGGUCUGUACGAGGUCAAUUCGCUGACCGAAGCCUCCGGCAAGCUUGUGCUGCUCUCCAAGAUGCUAAAGCAACUGAAGGCACAAGGACACCGGGUAUUGAUCUUCUCACAAAUGACAAAAAUGCUUGACAUUCUCGAGGACUUUCUGGAGGGAGAGCAGUACCAAUAUGAGCGAAUUGACGGUCGUAUCAGGGGCGCAUUACGUCAGGAGGCCAUCGAUAGAUUCAAUGACCCCGAAUCGCAGCAGUACGUCUUUUUGCUCAGCACUCGGGCAGGAGGGUUGGGUAUUAACUUGGCCACCGCCGACACGGUCAUUAUUUUCGACUCUGACUGGAAUCCGCACAACGACAUUCAGGCCUUCUCUCGAGCCCACCGUAUUGGUCAGGCAAACAAGGUCAUGAUCUACCGGUUUGUGAGCCACAACUCGGUGGAGGAGCGCAUGAUGCAGGUGGCCAAGCACAAGAUGAUGCUCACCCACCUUGUGGUGCGCCCGGGAGUGGGCGGCAAGCCUGCCAGCUUAACGAAGCAAGAGCUCGACGAUAUCGUCCGCUUUGGCACCGAGGAUCUCUUCAAGGAGAACGAUAAAAAGGAGGCUAUCCACUACGAUGAUGAGGCGGUGGCCAAUCUGCUUGACCGCACAAAUCGCGGCAUUGAGGAGAAGGAGUCCUGGUCCAACGAGUAUCUUUUGUCGUUCAAGGUGGCGUCCUACGCCACUGUGGAAGGAAUUAAGGAGGAGGGAGAUGGUAACCAACAGGAUACGAAAAACAAGAGCCCGGCCUACUGGGACAAUCUGCUGGGCCAACACCAGCAGCAGCAGCAGGAUAACGUCGAGCGCAGCUUGGGAAAGGGCAAGCGAAUCCGAAAGAUGAUCAAUUAUUACAAGUAGGCUGAAAAUUCGUUGGAAGACGACACCGAAUAUAUUCGCAAGCCGAAGCAGAAUCGCCAACUAGAUGUUAAUAUGAGAAGGCUAAAUAUAUAUUCGGUGGUAUAAGUAAUAAAUAUAUUAAAUAAAAGUUCGAUUCGAUAAAAUAUUCGAUUCGACGAUUGAAUAAGCAAUAUCAACAGAAACCAAUUUGGUAUACACAUACUUUCAUUUCGA